CUCGGGAUCUGGACAGGAGCAUCUGAUACGAUGAUGCCAACCACCAGUCUUGUCUCUUCGACAUGGUGAAAGUCAAACAAAACAGGGAAACCCGCCCAUGACGCAGCUUUUGCCAUUUGUUCUCCCCUUUCCCAAAUGUUAAACCGAGGCUUGUGUGGUCCAAGAAGUGUUGGCCCCGACGAGUUGUCAACCACACAGAACACAGAUGCUCAAUCUGGAAGUUUUGACUGGAUGAGGCGAAAUGCCCAACUCAGCGCUCCUCGCUCCUGUCCCACCGUUGAACUGGCCCGCGAUACCUAUAGAAUCACAGCCUAAAAUGGCUGUGCUCCAUUCCAGGCCCGACAAACCCACCCAGCCUAGAUUCCCAAAAAGACACAUUUUCCUCCAAUGGAUGGUGUAAGUGCAAUUCUGGGCCCUCUCAUUGGUGGUGGUGCGAGUGAGUUGGUACGGAUUAGAAAUGCAACGUUUCCCACCUACCCAAAUCUGCAGGUUGCAUCUUUUGCAUUGCAUAUACAGCAAAAGCGAGGUACCUGCUGACCGUUGAAUCGGGGCCUUUUCUCUUCGCCGGUGUCGAUCCGCAGAUCCGGCGAUCGGUCGGUGGUGUUGGGGUUGUUAACCCCGACGGUUAAUAGUCGGGCUGGUGCGGAGAGUUGUGGGGCAGUUAUCGGUGCGGGGCCGACAUGCGGGGCCGAUGUGGACUCCGGUUUAUUACACAAAGGACACAUGGCGCUGGGAUACGGCUGGGUCAGUUGACUCCGGGCUUGUCGGGGAUGGUAUUCCGAGUUGGUUCCGAGUGAGGUUGGAGUGUAUCGCCGAUAUGUCCCACAAGGCAAACUGGCAACUGCGAUUCAACUGGCAGCAUUCCUCCCAUCCAGGAGCAACAUCGACUUUAUCCCAUACGUGGAACUAUCUCAGCACUUCCAGAAGCAAAGCAUACAGCCACUACCGGAACCAUACAACAUUGCUCCAGGAAACAUCCCAAGUUUCAUCUCACAUCACCAACCCUCCUCAAUCCCCUCCAAACCACGUCCAUUCAAGCAGACCAACUCCACAUCUCUCUCUCUUCAGUCUAGCCAAAAAUUCCAAGGGUGCCAAUGCAAGAGAUCAGAUCAUACCGCGAUCUCCAUAUGCCUGAACUCUCCUCACCUCCAAUACCACUCUAUCAACCCCAAUAAGAGCCCAGAUCCGGGGAUAAGCAAAGCUAUCACGUACAGCAUCUCAUACACUACCACCGUGAUUCUCCUGCCUUGAGGAGGGGUAGAUGUAGAACAACUGCUAUCUCACAUUUCAGGGGAGAACGUUGCUUUGGUGGUCGUUGCACAUUGUGAUAUGAUACACUUAUCGUCCUGGGACAAGCAUUCUCCUUAAACCAAACAAAUCAGAUAUACCAUAUCUCCCAAGCUAUAUAGCUUCCCGCGAUGCCAAAUUGUGAUGGCGGCUAUACGAGACGCGUAACUAAAGUGGGGCCAGGGAGGGUGGGCUUGCAUGAGCGUUCAGUCACGUUAUUUCAUCCCUUUCCUGUCAUCCCUUAUCCUCCAGCGUUCGCUUAUUAUAGUAAGUUGACUCACAUUUUGUGACAAGCAAACAUGAUUUUCGCCGCCCGCUGGGAAAUAAACGAGUAGGCAUAACACGAGCUUUUUGACAUUUGAGGGGGGGGAAGAAAGUGUGAGUUGUGACGGCGACAGCUUACAGGCCACAAGACAGCCAAUCAGAGCUGGGGAUCACUUACACGUUUUUGCUUGGCGGUGAUUCGUUCGUUUUUUUGCAGGCUGCCCUUUCUUGCGAUGACCCCCGCGCACACACAGAAACCUUUUGCAAAUGAAAAAUAGUU